GCAAAGAGGCAACAUAUUGUCCUUUUUGUAUGAUAUAUAUACCCUAGCUUUGCGCAGUGUCGGUGGCUUGUGUAUGUAGAGUAAUUCGCCGUGUGUCAUUAUAUACAUCUCACUGCUCCUUGUCUUCAAAAAACGCACGUUACUUGCCAUGGGCUUGGGUUUUUUCGCGCCUUCGCAACACCAGCAGCAGCAAGGCAUUCAUGAUAGUCUUCUGAUAGAGGCUGAUCUUUUCGGAAAGCCGUCUGAAACUAGCUUGGGCAACGUCGAGGAUGGCCACAAGCCUACAAGACCAGUGUCGACAUUCGGUCAGCGAGUAAUCGUCGCGAUAUUAUUCUUGGCGGCCUUCAUAGGUGCCCUAAAGUACAUGUCUAGCGCAUCCUUGAUGGGUAUUAUCGCAUCCCUUUCCACGUCUGACUCGUCUUCGCUUUCGGCAGCAUUCAACCGCAAGUGUGAAGCUCUUCUCACACCUCCUCCGAAGACCUAUUCUAAUCGCCUCGACUCUCUCGUUUCGGAAUUGCCUCAGUCAACAGUAUGGAUUGCAGAGCCAGGCCCAUCUGCAUCCUAUUUUAUCGGUGGGUUCUCUACCCAAGACUGGUGGUUAUCCGAAAGACCAUUCUUUGUGGCCAUCGGGCGUUUUUCUCAAGGAUCUCCAAGAAUCUUCCUGGUUACUCCCGAAUUUGAGGCGUUGCGAGCUAGCCUGAUCGAACUCCCCAAGGAUUUGGAUGGGUUAGUGACCUGGGUGAAAUGGAGGGAAGACCAAAGUCCCUAUGAGGCUCUCAAGGCGGCGUUAGAUGAUGAGAUAAACGCAUUUGUUCUGGAUGGGUUGACUCGGCAGUUCGUUGCAGAAGGGCUAAGAAACGUGCUGAGGGAGGAGAAGAAUUAUGAAGUAUUGGAGAAGAUUGGGCUGAUUAGAGAGAGAAAGAGCCACUGGGAAGUGGGGUUACUCAGAUGUGCCAAUCAGAAAACUUUGCAUGCAAUUCGAAAAACGAGAAAGAGAAUGCAUUUGGGCAUCAGCGAAUCAAAGACUAGUCGUAUACUGGAAGAGGAAAUGGCAAAGACAGGCCUGAUGGGAGGAGAAGGACUGGUACUGUUCGGUGAGAACGCCGCUUUGCCUCAUGGCUCAGGGACUGAUCGCAAAUUGAUCAAAAGCGAGAUGGUGCUCAUAGACGCAGGAGGGAAAUGGGGAGGAUAUGUGUCAGAUAUAACCAGGACGUUCGCUCUGGCAAAUUCCAAGAUUCCCCUCUCCCACAUAGAAAUUUGGGAGGCAGUGCAUAAAGCCCAACAUGCGCCUUAUGCGUACCUCAAAACAACGAAUACCACCAUCCCAGCGACGUUUGCACAGCUCGACAAGGCUGCGCGCAGUGCAAUUGACUCUUGGGCCGGUUCAACAGCCGGCACCGAUAUCCCUAAUUUCGACAUCUUCACCCAUCGUCUGGGCCAUGGUAUUGGAAUAGAAGGGCACGAGUCCCCAUACUUGAUACAAGGGUCGUUGGGCGAAAGGCAAGUCCGAUCCGGACAUGUGUUUAGUCUUGAGCCGGGAAUCUAUCUGCCGAUAAAUGGGAAGCCCGUGAAUGGUAUCAAUGGCGUCGGCGUGAGAUUGGAAGACUGCUUCGUUGUUACGGAAGAUGAAGAUGGUGGAUUCAAAGGAGAGUGGUUGUCUGGGCCUGUUCAGAGCUGGGGGGAUGUCUAACUGGGCAAAAACGAGGAGAUAAUGCCAGCAUAUGGAACAAUGCACAUGCGUGUAGUGGGUGAUCAUUCGCUGUUUUAUCGUUGUAAUAUCGUACUUUUUUCUCUGUGCCAGGUACGGCGGCAUAUGCAGUACGUAGUCGUUCGGACGCGCAUAGAUA